AGAGGGUCUUCUUACAAAGCAGAGAAGGAAUUAGAAGAUGCAGGCACACCUGAUGAAAAAACAAACACUGCUGGAAAAGAGAAUUUGAAUCUCAGAAUAAAAGAGCUGGAAAAGUCAGAGCAAAAACUGAAAGGUGUUCUAGAGGACUACGUGGAGUCAGAUUCCAUCCUAAGAAAUAGGAUGAAAGAGCUGGAGCUGUCACACAAAACACUUCUUGUGAUGAUUGAUCAACUUUAUGUGAGGCUGGACCAGGUUGAAAAUGCCAAUCUGCGCGUUAAAGGGAAACUGCAAAGCAUUCAGGAGGACCUGAUCCAUUUGGUUGAAAACCAAAAGAAGUCAGAGAAGAAGCACAAGGAAAAAUUGCAUUGGCUUCAGGAGCAGCUGAAGGCAAAAGAGGAUGAAAUAAAAAGCCAAUCAGAAUAUUUUGAGCACUACAAACAAAGGCAGAGACAACAGACAGCAGUACUGAGGAAAAGGGACUGUUACCUUCAGGGUGAGGUAUCUAGGCUGGAAAAGCAAGUCCUAGAUCUUAAUGCCCAUACUGCUCUUUUGACAUCCAAGUUAGAAGAGGGCAUGGUGCAGCACCUCCAGCAGAAGCUGCAGUCAGUGUGCAGUGAGACCCAGGGGUGUAAACACCCUGGUGGGGGAGAAAUGGAAUGGAAGACUUCUAUUGAAAAUGUGGAGCAUGAAGUGAAAAGCCACCUCAAGGCAUUUCAGCAAAACCUGAUGUUCUUGAGGGAAAAAGAAGAGAACACUAGAAGAGACCAGGCAGACCUGCUGACUCAACUGCAGUGCUUUCAGAACACUGAAGACUUUCUCAGAACAAAAUUGGAAGAAUCUCAACAUCAUGUCUAUAAAUUAAAAUUAUCUGAAAUCAAACUGCAGGAAAAAGUGGAAGAGCUUUUAGAUGAAAACAGAACUUUAAAAGAUCAAGGUACUGCAAAAUUGAAAAAGAAGAAAGAAAAAGACUCAGAACUUACAAGAUUGGUGGAUGGGGACAACAGUGUUAACCUGGUAAGUCAACUGAAUGGAGAUCUAAUUCAGGAUGAAGUUCAGAAUCUGAAAUGGAGGGCAGUCUUGGAUUCACUCAGAAGCAGACCUACUCAAACUCCAGUUGAGUUGCUACAUGAUAAAGAGUCUGAAACAGCAGCCUGUAGUUGUGAUGGACUAAAGCAGAUGGAGGAGCUACCAGAAGACCUUGUACCAGUUUUGGAAUGCAGUUCCAGUGCCUUUGUGAAAGUUGCUGGUCUAGCUGAAACUGAGCAGGUCACCCUUGGACCACAGAGGGCAAAUACUCUAGAGGACAGUUUCACUUUGCUCAGGUGUACCCCAAGUCAUCAUGAAGCAGGGCUGCUUCCCCCUUGUUCUGAGAAGUUACCCAAUGAUGAGACAAGUAAGGAAACCAAAGAUGAAGAAACAUUUUUUCUCUUGAAGGAACACACGAUAACUCCACCAGUGAAGACAUUCCCUGCUUCUGUGGUUGAAAUCUUAAUGAGGAAGAAGCUCAAACUGACCUUAUUUGAACUUGGGAGAUGUCAUAUAAGAGCUUUUACCACUGAGAAGAAAGCGAGGAAUUUGAGUUUCUGUGAGACAAAUACUAAUCUUUGGUCUGAUGGCCUUUGCAUUGUUGCAAAAGGAGGAUUUUAUGACAGAGCUACUGAACCUCUUCAUGGAACAUUGCCUUCCACUGUGGCUGAAAUUUUCACAGCAUCUCUAGAAAAAUGCAACAUGGAAAAACACUGGGGAAACAAGCAAGUUCUGCCAAGAAGCCUGAGUGAAAACAAAUGUCUGGAUAAAGAUGUUGAUGAUGAAAAGUAUCACCAAAAAAUCUUUACAGGGGGAGCUGAAAGAGAAGAAAUAGAGAAUGACAAAGCGCAACAACAACAGGUGACCUGUGAUCUUGAAGAAAGUUCUGAAGUUUCUUACAAAACUGAAUUAUUCAGUCCUGGGAAACCAGGAGUGGAAGCCAAAGGGAGUCUCCAUAGCACACAGGGUGCCCAGAGUUUAUCUGCUGAUUUUAAAGAAGAAAAUAUUACAUAA